AGAGAGUUUUACCCAACAAAGAGAACGGAAGUAUUCUUGAUGAAUACAAGGACGCAUAUUGAGGGUACAGACCAAACAUCCAAGAGAAUCAUUCAAGGACAUCGAAGGCGCUGACUCAAGAAAAGAAACAAUGGUGAUUUUAUCAAGCAAAAUAAAAUACAGCCUGUUAGCAGAAUACGUCCGACAGAUAGAGAUGUCCAGUUUCAUCCCAAGUAUAAGGAAGGCGUAGUAACUCCUGAUGGAGUUAGGAGGAAGAAGAGACGAGAGAAUGAUAUGAAUAUUAGUCAAGACUCACCUCCUCUUGAUUCUAAGGUAGUCCCAACCUUCACUCCAAACUUACGAGCAUCAAAUUCCACCUUAUAUACUUCUAAUGUGAGAGGAGCAAUGACUUCAAUCUUGUAUAAUGGAGACCAGGCUGCAUUCACCUCACCUAUGGAUAGUAAUAAUUCAACAGCUUUGAAUGGCAGGAGAUUGGGUACUAGAAAUAAAGAUAGGGGUUAUGCAUCCGUUACAAAUGAUUCUCUAAAUGAUAGGGUUGAUCCUUCCGAGAACUAUGAGGAAAACCCAUAUUUCAAAACUCCUGAUGCAAUGAGAAGAUUGAAAAGGAAACAUUUUGGAGUUCCGACAAACCCGAAAUACAUGAGCUUGAUUCCGAACAAAAUGAGAGACAUUGAAGAGGAUAUUGAUGUUCAUGAAAUGAACGACUCCGAUAAUCAGAAGGACAGAAAAGUUCGGGAAUACUCUUUUUCCCCCACUAAGACACCUUCUAAAAAUGGAAGAGACGAGCUGAACCGAAGAAGACAUAAUAAUUUUCUGAAGAACAAGAUCAAUAGCUCUAAUUAUUCAGUGGCGAGGUCACAUUUUGACAGGGAGCCUUCCAAGCUGAUUUCAACUGUCAAUUAUUCCAGACUAGGGAAAUAUAGGGUUGUCCAGAACCCAAAGAGAUACCAUAUUUCUAACUUCAAAAUGGAGGACCAGCCAAAUUAUGAUGGGGUAGAUAGUAAAAUCAUACUGUGGUGCACUUGAAAGGCUGAUCAUAAGAAAUACUUCUGCCAGACGGGCAGAAGCUGGACAGAAAUAGUUUCACAUGACUUUAGAUACCUCAAAUGGAAGGAUGCUUAUGAGAACAUACUGAUUGGACAGAAGCAAUGAAAGCAAAUUUCAAGGGAUAUUGAACGGACUUUUCAAAAGCAUUAUGCUUUCAGGCAUACAUCAAUGGUACACCGGCUGUCAAGAGUCCUCAACGCAAUCUCUCUGUAUGAUCCCAAGCUAGGGUACGUACAAGGCAUGAACUUCCUCGUUGGAGCAUUUCUGCUCCAUUGCGAAGAAUGCAUAACAUUCUGGCUGGUAAUUGAACUUUUUGAGAGUUACGAAAUGAGAGAGGUCUAUGAAGACGGUCUCAUAGGAAUGUACAGGCAUUCAGCAAUCUGAGAAAAUCUCAUUGAGGAAUACCUUCCUGAGGUAUGGGAUCAUUUCAAGAUUGUUGACAUCAGAGUUGAAAUGUUUAUGAGCGAUUGGGCAAUCAGCUUCCUAUGCUCAUACAUUCCUCUGAGCAGACUGGAUGAAUUCUUCACAUACUUUUUCAAAUACUCUUGGAGGUCGUUCCACUGAAUGGUCCUAGCCAUUCUUGAGUAUUUAAAGUUUGAAAUAGUCAAAAGUGAUGACAUGCCUUCAUGAAUGAACACGAUUAAGAUGUUGAAGGAGCAUAGAAACUCCUUUAAAUUUGAUAGAUCAAGUUUUCGGAAAAAGAAACCAGAAAUGCAUGGUAUGAAGCACUGCAUGGAUCUUCCCAAACUCAGGUUUGAAAAUAAAAAGAAGAAAGAUACCCUUACCCUUUCUUUCAGGAAGGAGAUGGAGGAGGUAGAGCAACAGAUCUCCCAUGAAAAGUGGGAUGAAGUAUUUGAUCUCUUCAGGAAGUACCUCAGGAAGGUAACGAAGGAGAAAUACAAGGAAGUCUACGCCAAGGUGCAGGUCUAAUUCCUCAUUU